AUGAUAUACUAUUUUAUUUUUUGCAUAUUUUUUCUAUUAAUAUUUAACAGAAAUAAAUAUAAUGUAAUAAAUGUUAACUUAAAAAAAAAGCAAAAAGGGAACUAUCUAAAUUGGGGGACAUUUCAAAAAAAAACGAAAACAGCUAGUCGAUUAAAUUAUGACAAUUUAUGUUUCCUCUACUCUCAUAAUGGAAAUAAAUUAAAAAAUAAAAAUAUAAAUAAUUUUUAUCAUAUUGGAAAUAAUGAUAAUACUUUUAAAUAUGGAGAUAAAUAUAUAUAUAAUAAAUUUGAUAACAAAACAAAACAACUUUAUUUCGAAAGAAAUGGAAUAAAUGUACCAGCUGAUGUGGCGAUGUUUGGAAAAACAAAUUUUUACUAUAUAAGAAAAAGCAUAUAUGAUAAAAAUAAAAAUAACUUAAUGCCAAAUGAGAUAAAUAGUGAGUAUAUAGAAGAACUCCAAGAUUCUGAAUCGGCACAGUUUGGUAAGGCAGAAAAUUGUGAUAAAGCAGAAAAUUGUGAUAAAGCAACAAAUUGUGGCAACACGACCGAAGAUAUAAAUAGCGAUAAUAAUAAAAACCAAGUUUUUAAUUAUAUAAAUGUUGAACGAGAUUAUGUUAGCCAAGUGGGAAACUCCCCACAAGUAAAUGUUUAUGAAAGAAAAUAUAAAGCAGACGAAAAUAAAUUAAAUAAAAUUUUUGAAAACAUUAAUGAAGUAAAUAUACAACUAUUAAAAGAUAUAAAAAAUAUAGAUGAUAAAGAAAAAGCUAUAAAUAAAAAGGUUAUAGAAAAAGUAAGAGAAGAUAUAAAAAAAUAUCAAGAAACAAAUGAAAUAAUGGAUAUAAAAGGUAAUAUAGUAAAAUCAGAGGUUAGUAAUAAACAUAAAGGAAAAGAAGAUGGUCAAGAAGAUAAUAAUUUCACAAACUCAGAUAUGGAUGAAGAUGAAAAAAAUGAAGUACUUAAAAAAUUAUAUAUGAUUAAUAAAAAAACUGAUAAAUAUUUAGAAGAAGAUAUUUAUUUUGUUAUACAAUCAUGGCUACCUGAUAUAAAAAUUGAUGACACUCUUAUUAUUAUUGAUAAUAUUGAAAAAAAUUAUAAUACUUUUGAUAUUUCAAAAUAUUAUGAAAAAUUUAAAGAAGCAAAUAAAUCUUCUGAUUCAAAUAAAAAUAUUUAUGAUAAUUUAUCAAAUUUACAAAAUUAUCAACUUGAAAAUAUUCCAAAUAACAUAAAUGAUGAUACUGAAAUAGAACAUGAACAUGUACAAUCAUAUAAUAAUACAUAUAAUAAACUAAAUAAUUAUAACCUUAAAAAAUAUUCAUAUACAUAUACUACUAAUGAUAAUAUGGAUACAAAAUUUAAUAAAAAUGAACCUAUGCCACCAAUAAUUAUAAUUAAUACCAAAAAAAAUCAUAUGGUUCAAGAAUGGGAAAGUCGAAAUUUUAAAAAUAGACAAAAAAGAAAUAAAUCUCAUGAAUAUACAAGAAUUCAAAGAGCCUUUAGACCAUUCUCUUACAUUGAUUUGAGUGAUAUUUCAUGUAUAUAUAAAAAUAAUUUAUUACAAAUAAAAAUGAAAUUAUCUCAUAGAAAAUAUAAAAAUGAUGUAUACCCAUUUUUUGUUCCUAUUAAUAAACAUACUGAUGAUUUACUUGAUUUUAAUGGAUAUAAACAAAAUGGAGAUAAUGCUUGGUCUUUUUUUUGGCAUAACUUUAAUUAUGAUCAAGACACAGAUUAUAACUUUUUAAACAGAAAUGUUAAAUUAAAUCUUACAGAAACGAAGUUUGAGGAAGUUAACAAAAAAAAAUCCAAGAAAAUUAUGAAAAAAUUACUGAAAGAAACGAAAGGCAAAUAA